AGGAUGGAAGAACGCCUCUGGCGUUCGCCCUGAAGAAACAGCUUUUGCAAUGCGUCACGGCGCUUCUCGCCACGGGGGCCAGUGUCGAGCGUCUUGACGAGGACGGAUGGGAGCUACUUGACAUGGCCAAACGGGACCAAACCCUCGCCGACCUUGUGCGGAAGCUCCAAACCGCUGCGUCACGGAAAGAAAACGUUGCCACACCCGAGAUCUUUUGCGUCAACUGUGGCAACUGGCACGCCGUUGCCGCGGUCUGUUCAUGUACCCACAACGCUUCGCCGACGGACCGCAUGGUCGCGGUGGUUCGGCGCUUGAUGCGGCUGCACCAUCGCGGCUACGCCGUCAACUGGGCGCGAACCUGCGCUUCCACCACUUGCCACCAGUCGACAAUGACUAUCGUGGACGCGAUCUGCCCCGAGUGCGGCACCGAGUCGCCGAUGGAUGGAAACGAGCUCAAGAUUCUGAGCGUGCGCCUCAAGCGUGCUCUCCAACAACCGACGAGCGCGCAAGAAGUGCCAUGCAUUCCGCGUCGCGUCCUGCGCUGGUUGGCAAGCCACCGUGACCCGCUGCCGCCAGCUGCACCCUCGUCGACCAACAUGAUGCAACGUCGCUCCGAGCGACGCAUGCGGGGCCACUCGGCAGAAGGCCGAGCACGCGAUAUGGCGUUUCUGGCAAUGCUCGCUUCCCGCCCGAUGCAACCGAACGAUCCGAUGCCGUGGGCAACCGCGGAUGUGUUUGGUCGGGCCGCCUUGGCUCGCGACUUGUACGCGAGCAUGUCGGAGCCUGUACGGAAGAUUGCAGCCGAGACCUUGCCAAAGGCGGGUGUACCCAUGAUGUUGCAUGACCAACUGGUCGUGCAUUACCACAUCGGCGACGACGACGAUCUCGAAGCCAUUGCCAUGUGCUCGUCGCCCUUUCUCGUGUCCAUCGUGGCCACCGCGUCGCCCCAGAGCGUUCUUCUCGAGGUCUCUCGCGCCCUGACCCUCCAGAACACGCUGCUGGUCCCGGAUGCACGCUCGCGCAUGCUGGCAGCGGAUCCAACGAUUCUGCAGACCCUCUACGUGAUCGCCAACGCGCUUCUCGACGUUCACGAGCACAGUCUCGUCCACGGAUAUCUCUCGAGCCACAACGUGUUUAUGAGCCGCAUCGACGGUAUCCAAGUCGGCGUGCCCGGGAUGUCAGCGACAGAGAAUGCGCUGCUGGCAUGGACGGCCCCCGAGGUGCUCACCGGCGACUCGCCGCCGUCGUCGGCCUCUGACAUUUACGCGUUUGGCAUUCUCAUGACCGAGCUCGACACGUUCCAGCUGCCGUUUGAAGAGUACGAAUUCGACGACGAAGUGGCGCUCACGACGGCGGUCGUUGAUGGCGGCUUGCGCCCCACGCUGCGCGACGACUGUGACGUGUGGUACCGAACCCUUGUCGGUCGUUGCGUGGACGCUGACCCGCUCCAUCGCCCGACAGCAGAGGACCUCGUUGAGCUGCUGCAAGAACGGCUCGAUGACGCCAUUGGCAUGCGCAACGCCUAGCGACUUGCGUGUGCAAGCCAUGCAUCUACCCAUAACUAAUA